AUGACUAGAUACGUUGGGUGCAUCGAUAUCCACGGUGGAAAGGUCAAACAAAUUGUAGGCGGAACACUCGAGAAAGACGAUAAGGAAAAUGAGGACCUGGUUUCAACGAACUUCAUCAGUGAGCAUUCCACCUCAUACUAUGCCCAAAUAUACAAGAAACACAACAUUGUACGCACGCAUGUGAUCAAGCUUGGAUCUCUUGAAAGCAACGAUAAGGCUGCUUUGGAGGCUAUUCAAGCCUGGCCCGGUCAAUUACAAAUUGGUGGAGGAAUCAACAUCUCAAACGCUAAAUAUUGGAUUGAUAGCGGAGCGUCCAAGGUGAUUGUUACUUCGUGGUUGUUCCCUGAUCAAGAACUGGACUGGAACCGAUUGAAAGAGUUGAGCGCACUUAUUGGCCCUGAAAGGCUUGUUGUGGACUUGAGCUGCCGCAAAGUGGAGCGCCAAGGGGAAACGUCGUGGGUGGUAGCUAUGAAUAAAUGGCAGACCUUGACUAAGACCGUGCUGACCAAGAAACUGUUUGAGGACCUGAGCCAAUACUGUUCAGAAUUCUUGGUGCAUGCCGCUGAUGUGGAGGGGCUCUGUAAUGGAAUUGAUCAGCAGUUGGUCCAGAAACUUGGCGAGUGGUCGCCUAUUCCCGUUGUCUAUGCUGGUGGAGCAAAGUCCAUUAAAGAUCUGGCCCUGGUGGACAGACUGAGCAGCGGAAAGGUGGACUUGGCAUAUGGCAGCUCUCUUGACCUCUUUGGAGGCAAUUUGGUGAAGUUUGAAGAGUGCUGCGCUUGGAACAAGAACCUCGAUAAAUAG